AAUGUUACUCUCUACUGUAUUGCAUCAUCCAAGUCAUGUUAUCCCAAAAAUAACUUGGUUACAUCCAUCAUCAAAGACCUUAGAAUCAAAGAGUUCUACACUUCUUUUACAAAAUAUUUCUAAAUCCGAUAACGGAAUUUUUACAUGUAUAGCACACGAUAGUGAUGCAGAUGAAACUGUAACAACAAGAAUAACAUUAAACGUUACAAAAAGACUAAAGUGGAUGAAAAUACCAUACUCUCAAAAUCUACUGAUUGGAAAAAAUUUUAUAUCGGAAUGUUCAUCAUUUCCCAAUGUUCAUCCUAUUAUUUGGAAGAUUAACGAUACAAGAAUUGAGGAAAAUGAUAGAAGAUUAUCGGAAGAUGGUAAAAAGUUAACUAUAGCUAACGUACAACUGAACUCCUCAUCAACGAUUAGUUGCCUUAUCCGCAAUAAUGGAUACCCGUAUAAUUACCUAUAUAAAACCAUCUAUUUGAAUGUUACGAAAAGCAAAAAAAACAACAAUAAAACUUGUAUCGUUUGUGAAAAGUAUUGUAAAUAUGGAUUUGUUAUGGGAGAAAAUUCAUGCCCUACUUGCCAAUGCGCAGAAGAUCCCUGUAAAAAUAUGAUCUGUCCCCAAAAUUACAUAUGCCAGUCUACCAGAGUGUCAUAUAUUUCCAAAGCAAGCUGUGGUUUUAAAAUCGAAGGUAACCAUCCGCCAGUUAUAAAUUUGAAUCAUCUUCCAAACAAGACUGUUUAUGCUUCAAUUGGUAAUGAAUUGGUGCUCAAUUGUUCAGCUCUGGGCCAACAACAAAUGAAUUAUCAAUUCAUGAAAAGUAAUAAUCCAGUUGUAAAGAAUUCUGAUACUGAUAUAGAUGAAAAUGGAUUAAAAUUUGGAGUAUUAUAUUUUUUUAAAAUAUCAGCUAAGAACCAAGGAAAUUAUAUGUGUAUAGCAAAAAACUCUCUAGGAACGGCUAUAUACGAUUUUUCAAUAAAAAUAGCAUAUGUAAAUAAUUUUAGAAACAGAGAAGAAACUGUUUAUACAGAAGCUUUCAAAGGUUUUGAAAUUAAAAUACCAAAGACAGCUGGAAUUCCUAUAAGUUCACUUAGUUACGAGUGGCUAAAAAUUAUUAAUGGCAAAGAAGAAAAGAUUGAACUAGGAGAGAGGAUAAAUCAGGACGAAAAUGGAAAUUUAAUAUUCUCGUACGUGUUACAGAACGAUGAAGGAGAUUAUAUAGCUUCAGUCAGUAAUAAAUUAAGUAAAGAUUUUAAAAAAGCUGCACCUGUCUCACUAAAAAUAACUACUGGCCAAGAUAUUAUUUACGAACCUAUCAUAAGCAAAAUAAAAACAAAAUACGAAGUAGUUGCUGGAGAUACUCUAAAACUUUACUGCUUGGUAUUUGCAAAACCGCUUCCCAAGGUAGAAUGGUAUAAAAUCGAUGGUGAGACUAGUAAGAAAAUUGCAAAGAGCUUUGUUCAUACAAUAGAAAACGUUAACAAGUCAAUUGAAGGGGAUUACAUGGUAAAAAUAUAUAGCCUAGAAGAGAAUGGUGCUGUUGCCAUUGAAAAAACUGUUACAGUUAAUGUCCAUGAACCACUAAAUUGGUAUCAGGGACUAAAUUCUAAAAUAGUUCAAAUUGGUUCUAACGUUUCUUUUAAUUGCGUCCCUAAUAUAAAUAAAAGUGUUAUUAGUUGGUUUAAGGAUGGGAAAAAUAUAAUACCAGACAGCAGAUGGAUCGUUAAUAAGACAAUGUUAACUAUUAAAAAAGUGAAGCCAAGUGAUAUCUCGUCAAUACAAUGCAAAGCAAUGAUAAAAAGACCAAUAGAUAAUGUCUACAACUACGCAUUUCAUAAUAGUUUCUUAUAUGUUACAAAAAAUUUAACAUUAACACCAACUAAAAAGAUUUGCAAUAGAACUUGUCGAAUACAAUGCCCAUUUGGAUAUAUAUUAGGAGAAGAUGGUUGCCGGAUAUGCGAAUGCUCAAUUGAUCCUUGUUUGAAUAUGCUAUGUCCAUCAGAAUAUUUAUGUAAAAGAAUAUUUCCGUCAAAUUGCUCUACAAAAGUUUGUAUGGAUCCAAUGGUAGCUGUCUGCUCUCCUAUGAUAAAACGGAGUGGCUGUCUACUUAAAGACUGCAACAAAUCUUGCAUAUACGGUUAUGUUAAACUAGAAAGUGGAUGUAGUAUUUGUGAAUGUUAUAAUCCUUGUAAAAAUAAAACGUGUGGCCAAGGAAAAGUUUGUAAUCUAAAACCUGCAGGACAAUGCGAUAAUAGCAAUUGUAAACUACUAUCAGUAUGUGAAUUUCCACAAGAAGGAAUUCCUCCAAUUAUUGAAACUAAAGGACCUAUCCAGACUGUUUAUUAUGAAAUUGGGGGAGAUAUAAGACUAGCCUGUCCUUUUAUUCAACCCCCAGAUUCAUCUUUCGACUUUAACGUUUUGAAAAAUGGAAAGGAGUUUGAUAUUGUUGGAAACUUUCAAAGAAUAAAAAAUUUACUUACAUUUCUAGAAGAAAAGGCAAUUACUCUCAGUCCAGGAUAUGAAUCAGACGAAGGAUUAUAUUCGUGUCUAGUUAGAAAUAAAUAUGGAACUGCUCUAUCAUAUAAUGUAAGCCUCGAAAUAUCAUAUUUAAGUGAUAUCGAGACUCCAGAAGAAGAAAAUCUUAUCUUUGACUCAACGACUCGUGAUUAUCGAAUAAUUCAUUGUAGUAUAGAAAGUAAACCAAAAGCAAUUAUCUAUUGGAGAAAGCUAAAUGAUAAAAAUGAGAGACAAAUCAUCGAUGAUCAUAACAUCAUAACAACGAUUAACGGGUCAUUAAUUAUCAUUAGACCUACAACUGAACAAUCUGGAGCAUACAUCUGUAUUGGUCAAAAUCCUUUCAGCAAGAAAGAAAAAAUAGUUAGAAAUAUAAGGAUUACUGCAAAGGAUAUUUCACCUAUCGAUGCUUCACAUUCAAUAUAUGUUUUUCCGUCGAAUUCUACUUCUUUUCCCAUUGGAGGAUUUACAAGAAUUCAAUUUAUAACUUCUUCUUUAGAACCUCUAAAGUGGUUUUUAAAUGAUCAGGAAAUUACUAAUGAAACUGACUAUGAAAUAGUUAUUAGUAACUUCACAAUUAAAGAUGCUGGCAUAUGGAAUGUUAGAAGUUCGAAUAAAUUAACAAGUACCUUUAACAUCUCAUAUUACCAUAAUAUUACAAUUGGUCGAACACCUAAAGAUACUAUUGUUACCGUUGGUUCUGAUGCUAUAUUCUAUUGCGAAAUUUUUGGUACAAAAAUUAGACCUCAGUGGUUUGUAAAUGGUAAAAAACUACAAAGUCCUCUUUCUCAAUCUAACAUUAUGUUGAGCCAAAAUGGAAGCUCUUUGACAUUAAAAUCAGUCGAUUAUAAUGCCUCUGUCUGGUGUAAUACAGAGAAUACAGUUAAUGGAAUUUACUACUUUGGAGCAUUUCUAAUGACAAAAUCAGCUUGUCCGAAAUUGAGUUUGUGCCAUCUAAACUGCAGCUACGGUUUCUUCUAUGACAAUGGUUGCCCAAUAUGCAAAUGUCACGAGCCAUGCAAAGACUAUACAUGUCCGGAUAAAGCAAAAGUAUGUGCUGCAAAACCUGACCUAACGUGCUGGAAACCACCUUGCUACUCAAAACCAUCUUGCAUAAAACCAACAUCAAAUACCAGUCAAUGCAAAGUUUUGAAUUGUGAACCAUGCAGAUACGGUAAUAAAGUUGAUGAUAGAGGAUGUAAAGUAUGCGAAUGUAUUACAGAUCCUUGUGUUGCAGCUAGAUGCUCUGCUGGCGAAAAAUGUGUAGCAGUCAGGAUGAAAUAUUGUCAAAACGAAAUUUGCCAUGAAGCCAAGUGUUAUAAGACGUGCAGUAGCUGUCCCAAUUCUUGCCCAUUUGGGUUCAAUAUAACACAUGAAACCUGUCCAAACUGCACUUGUAGUAGAGACCCUUGCUUAAAGACCUCUGUUUGCCAAGUGGGCCAAAAGUGUACAGCGGAGAAGCUUAUCUGCAUGCCUAAUGAUAAUCUUUGCGAUUAUCGACCAUACUUCGCAAGCUGUGGCCAGUCAUCAGGAAACUGUAAAAUCUGCCAGAAUAAAUGCGACUACGGUUACAUCUUGGGAGAAGAUAAUUGCCCGAAAAAUUGUACUUGUUCACCAGACCCUUGUCUGGCUUUACACUGUUCAGCAAACAAUAUAAAUCCUACAAAAUGUAAAAGAAGCAAGCCGUUAUGUACUGGUGACGAUUCUACAAUUGAAAAAUGUUCCAAAGGACCGUACAAAGCUGAAUGCGUUGAAGCUUGCUCCCUCAGCUCAGAAAGGUGCGACUUAUCGAGAUGUCCUUAUAAUUAUCCAAGGACUAGUGGUUGUACUGUAUGUAUUUGUGAAAGUCCAUGUGACAGUGCACCUUGUCAACCUGAUGAAUAUUGUGGUAUUGAAGAAUUCGAAGGUUUAAAAUUGGCUGUGUGUAAAAAGGAAGAUAGAGUUUGUCCUCCACUUGAUAUGUGUAAUUUAAAUGAAACCUGUAAAUUUGGAAGGAGUACAGACGAAAAAGGUUGCGAGCUCUGUUCUUGUAAGGAUCCUUGUAAAUUUAUUACGUGCCAUAAUGAUUCAGUGUGUGUGCCUGAAAGCCGUUUUUGCGCGUCUUACCCAUGUAGACCAACCUCUGUUCGAUGUGUAUCAAAAUGUGAAGCUGCCAAGGAUUAUAACUUAAUGUCAAGUAUCCAUAACCCGAUAAUACCUCAGAUAGAUUACAAUUGCACUAAAGCUAAUAUAAAUUUCGAAAGAGUUCAAUGUUAUAAAGGGACAAAUAUAUGCUUCUGCGUUGAUGAAAAGACUGGUGAUUAUAUUAAUAAUACAGCUACAUUGGGGAAACCAAAUUGUUCUAAGGGAGAAGGGAGUAAACAAAUUUGUCCAAACGGAAAGAAAGCAAAGGUUUGCGCUGUCAAUGCUUGUAAUUUUCAAUGCUGUCCUGGAUACCCUAAAGCUGUUUGCAAAACAAAUCCGUGUAACAACUGUGAGCCUGAAUUUACAUAUAACGGAAGAAUUGUAGAUUGCUGGAACGGAAUUAAUAAAUGCUGGAAAGAUUUUCAAGAUAAAUUUCUUGCUUUGGAAAUUCAAACAACAAUGUUUAGUCUAGAACAUUCUAAUUGGAAUAUUAAUUUGCAAACAAGAAACACUAGAGAUAAAAUGCUUAAAGAUUCAAAGCAACAUUUGAAUGGAGAGAAUGAAAUAUUUAAAGAAUAUAAUUGUGGAUAUAUGGCUAUAAUUUUUAUUAGUAGUUUCAGAUACACAGUAUACGGAUCAUCUGAAAUAUCUAAUCGUUUCAUGCAAGAAGGGGUGUUCUUCCCUCAAUGCUUACUUCCUAAAAUUUUAUCAAAUAAUGGCUAUAUGCCUAAACAAUGCUUUGGUGACUUUUGCUGGUGUUCAGAUAACAUGGGAAAUCCAAUUAAUAAUGCAAUAUUUUAUAAAAAUAACUUCACUUGCGCGGCAGAUGGACAAGUUAUUCCAGAAACUGUCGAGAGAUUAAAAUGCUCUGACGGAAAAGAUCCUUUAUUCUGUAAAGAACAAUGCUUGAAAAGUCAUCAUUGCUUAAUACAGGAACGAGGACUUCCAUAUUUAUGUCGAGCUGAUCCUUGUUCUAAUUGCGAAACUACAAUGAGAUUUGAAACUAUAGAUUCUAAUGGUAAUGUAGUAGAUACUGAAUUCCUAAGAAAUUAUAGGUGCAAAGCUGACGUCUACAAAGAUAUCUGUAAAUUGCCCAAAGAUACGGGCAACUCUUGCGACAAACCCUCCAAAGACAUGUGGUACUACGAUGCAAAAAAUGGAGGGUGUCUACCUUUCAAAUAUUUUGGCUGUGGAGGAAAUAGAAACCUUUUCAUAUCGAAGGAACAAUGCAAAAUACGAUGCAAAGGUGAUAUAUGCUCUAAAGGAACUCUGAAAGUUUGCAAAGAUACCUGUAAAACAGCCAAAUGUAAAGGAUUUCCUUCUGCAUUGUGCAUUGUGAAUAAAUGUACCUGCAAACCUGAAUUUUUUAACCCAUUGACCUAUAAUAGAAUAGAAAAGGUAGACUGUUUUAGAGACUACGGACAAUGCAUAAACUAUAAAGCUAAGAUUGUCUUAGAUGGAUUCGACAGCUCUACUUUCCAUUCCUUUUUAUUAGUCAACACAACAUUAUCAAGUAUUAGCUGCAAAGAAAAUGGUGGAUUUACACCCAAACAGUGUGAUGAAAAAAAUUGCUGGUGUGUAAAUGAAUUCGGAAAUAUAAUAUCUAAUAAACUGACCCCAAUUUCGCUUGGUAAUACACUCAUUUGUGAAGAUAAACAAGCGAACAAGUGCCCACCCUUAUCAUGUUCUGCUAAUGAAAAAACAUGCCCUCAAGGUUUAGCAAAGAGAUUUACAUUAGUGAAUGGGCUAAAAAUUGAAUGUGAAUUUUGUAGCUGUUCUUGUAUCCUUGCGAAAGGAUGCGUAAAUGACCUUCAAUGUGUAUUUAAACAUGAUAAUUCACCAAAAUGUUCUCUUGAAAGAAGAAUAUGUCCAAAAUUCGAUACUUGCAAAACUUUUUGUCCAAAUGGAUAUAAAGUAGACAACAAGGGAUGUAGAAAAUGUGAAUGCCAUAAUCCUUGCGAUUACAUUACAUGUGAAAGAAAUUAUAAAUGUGAACCUUAUUUCUUAUCUUGUUCUUCACUUCCUUGUAUUGUCAAAGAAGCUGCUUGCAUUCCAAAAUGCCAGAGUGAACAGCAAGUGGCUUUACGGACAGUUUAUAAUAAUCCAACUGAGUUGUUUAUGAUUCCAAACUGUAAUUAUGAAAAGCAUACAUAUGAUACUUCAACAUGUAUGUCCAACACUGGCGUUUGUCUGUGUACAUCUCCGAAUGGUCUUACACCUACAUCGAGUUUAUUUAGACAUGGGAAUGUAUGCAGUAGAGAGUCUGUUGAUAGUUUAAUGGACUUAUGUCCCAAAAAUACCUUUGUUCAUAUAUGCCCAGUAACACUUUGUACAAUGAAGUGUUGUCCUGCCUAUCCUCAAGCAGAAUGCCGAAUUAACCCUUGUAAUGGUUGUAAAGCUGAGUUUUAUGUUGGAAAGGAUAAAGUUGACUGUUUCGAAAAAUCCACCCUCUGUCAUAGACAAUAUGCUGAACGAGUGGAACAAGCUGUUCGAAUAGGCGAGCAACAAAUGUUUACUGAUCCAUACUGGCAAAUUCUCUAUUACAAAUUGCAUGUUCUUCCAUAUCAUAUUUCAACGAGUAUUCGCUAUAAGAAAAAUUCCCCAUCAAGCGAUAUGGGCUGUUCAGUUCAAGUGGAACUGAACAUUAAUAACUAUUUAAAAAGCACUGUAAACGAAAAAUACAUUGAUGAACUUCAAACUGAUAAAAUAGUGGUGGGCCCUUAUCUGCCUAAGUGCAGAAAACUAGGUGAUAAUACUCACAACGGCUUCCUGUACAAACAAUGUAAAACUAUAGGCGACAAAGUUCUUUUUUGCUUUUGUGUUGACAAGUCAGGAAAUGAAAUACCUAAAACUCUUAGUAAAGAUCCAAACAUGGAAUGCAAUAGUGAUGGUAUAAUCAAAGGAAAAGUUGAAAUAUGUCCAAGCGGCAAACCUCAGCAAUCUUGCUCAGAAAGGUGUUUGAAUACUACUUGCAAUGGAGAAAAUUUUUUCACUGACUGUAAAGCCAGUCAAUGCGAUGACUGUAAAGUUGAAGUUAGCAAUAAUCUCUUUUCAUGUUCAAAGAAAAAAUGCGACAAAUUAGAACCUUGCCAAGAUUCAAAUCUUAUUUGUGAAACAUUUCCAGAGGCUGUUUUAGUUUUCGAUUGCUUAUGUAAAGCAUCGUUUAUUAGUCCAUUAAGCACUUUAGCUGUUGACUGCAAGGGAGAGCCAAAGGGACUUUGUUUCAGGAGAAAUGCUCAAUUUUCUUCAUUAGAUGUUUGGAAAGAAAUAAGAUUCGCGGUAGAUAUGAUAUCGCAAUCCAGAUAUGAGCUUUUUUCAGCCUAUUAUAAAUAUCCUGAGCUUUCCCGUUAUUCAUGCACGGCUGACGGUAAUUUUGAAUCAAAACAGUGCAUUGGUAAUAAUUGCUUUUGUAUUGACGAAUGGGGGAUGCCUCUUGAAAUAUCCUCCAGCGGCUCAAACGAAAAUAUAAGAUGCUUAAAUAAAAAAACCAUAUCAUUGGGAUUCUUAGCAAAUGUUGAUUCGACAAUACCUAAGAAAACUAUCGAAGAAGACAUUGCAAAAUAUUUACAUUUACCAACAGAAAACGUCAAUCUCUUUAGAGAUAUUAAAGAAAAAGACUCUUUCUUAUUACAAUUGACUGCUAACGACAAGAGUCUACCUGCAAAAGUCGAUGUUUUAUACCACCUUAUUAAACAUAAAAUACUCAAAGGAGUUCGUUCAGUUAGUUUUAUGAGCGAAAAAACGCAAAUAAUACCUGAGGAGACUACAAUACCACCACCAACAACUAUAAUUCCAACAACGACUAGAGAACAAACUACUACCGAAAAAACCACAACCAUACCAGCAACUACUGAAGAAAGUACAACAAUACAAAUAACAACCUCUAUUAAGGAAACUACAACAUCAAAAUACAUAGGUAACAUUUAAUUUUAUUAUAGAUCAUUAGUUGAUCUUAUGAAACCAAGAUAAAAAAAAGCUAUAAGGAUCUUUGUGUUUGGCAAUUUUUAGUAAAUUAAGUAAACUUGAAAUAUUUAGAAGAAUGUUGAAUUCUCUUUCAGCUAUAAAGCUAAUUAGCAAAUAAUAAAUGAAUUUUAUACAUAAUCUAGAAACAACAAGUAAAACAACAGAGAAAGAACGUGAAAAGACUACGCCUGGUAAUUAAUAAUGUUGCUUCUUUUAUAUUGAAAAAAGUAUUCUCAUUUUUUUUUAACUUAUUCGAAUUAAUUGCAGACAAAACGACUGCUACAGCAAAGAUAGGUAAAAAAAAUUAAUAAUAAAACUAUAUCUUCUCUUUCCAACUUCAAGUAACUUAUGCAAUAUAUAGUAUAUAAUUUAUACAUACUAAUAUUAUAUUAAAUAAUUAUAUUCAGAGGUAAAUAUAUCUAGAUAUAGAAAAUGACGAAAAUCCGUCAUUAUGAUUAAAUUAUAUGACAAGCAGGCUUUUCUUGCCUGUAAUAAGUACUUUUAUUCAAUUAUAAAUAUAUUACAAAUCUUGUUUAUGUUAUAGUAUUCAUACAAUAUCUUACUUGACAUGAAAAUAUAUAGGCAUGUAUGGUAUAUUUAUUCUUGUUUUAGGAACACCUACUGCUAAAGCUGUCAAAAACGAGGACGACAAUAAUGACAAGCUCAUCGCCGUCUUAUCCGCUGCUGGGGCUGGCCUCGUAAUCUUCAUUAUAGUCAUAAUCGUUUGUGCAUAUAAAUCUCCCGGAAAGAUUGGAAGAAAAUCACAAUACCAAGUUGAAACUAAUGCUUAAAAAGCAAAGCUUGUUCCAUAAAGUUUAUACUUUUUUAAUUUCACAGUAUUCUUUUAUAAAAGUUAACUUUCUAACGCUUUCCAGCUCUAUAAUCAAUGUGAAAGCGUAUUUUUACACUAUGCUUAACAUCUGUUUCUUGCAAAAUAUAUGAUCCAGCAAAAAUACAAGUUUAAUCUUUAUAUGAAA